AAACGAAAAGAUUGCCGAUCGGCAGUUGGUGUGGCUAUAAGCGUAUGGCGUAUAGUGUAUAAGUAGACUAAGAAGCCCGGCGAUCGCGUUUAGUGCGUCGCGGUUGGUCUACGAGGCAACAGCUCCAGACUAUAGAGCUCCAUUCACAGCUCUCGGACUCGGAUUCGGAUUCGGAAUACGUUUCGGUUUUGGUUGCGGUGGUUUCAAGUCAGAGAUACCGCAGAUAAACUUCGCGUUGCGUGACAAAAGACCUGGCGAAUCUCCCCGCCUAUUCAAGUGCCUGUGAGCGAGUGAGUGGGAUAUUGGCCACAGCAACAAUAGAAAUCCACACAACAAAAGGCAUUAAAAGCUGUUUUUAAUUGUGCACCAACGGAUUGAAAGUGUUUGGAAAACCGAGACCGCCAAAUAAAUUAAAACUAAAACUGAAUCGGCAACAAGUUGAUUGAAAACCCAACCAACUGGCAGUGCAGGCCGGGAAAAACGCUUUUAGCCAACUAAUAAACUAAAAAAAAAACACAAAUCAAACGUACAAGUGAGUUUUCCUCGAGAGGUGUUUUCCCAAUGCAAUUUGGGCGUGUCAAGUAAACUAGUUGCACUCUGAAAAGCAUUCAGUCAACUUGGCUGUCAAAGAAAUCAACGUUUAGCGUGAAAGGCCAAUUUGAUAAUACCGGAAAAUUGAUGGGGGCAGAAAGAGUAUCAAGUAUUUAAUAGGAGGCUCUUGAAUGCAAGUGGUGUAAAAUAAAUCAUGAAAAAUAGCAAAACUCAUAAAAUUUCUACUACAAUUUGCAUUGAUUAACGGCAGGACCGAGUGGAUCCGAGGACCAAACCGAAGAUGUCGGGCUUACGCAAAACAUCCAUUGCGCUGAUGAGGCGCUCCACAUCCAGCACCACCAUACUGCCGCAAUCCGGGGGCGGUGGUGCGGUCUCGCCGCCCAGCAGCGGAGUGGGCGUGGCCACGGAAAUUGAAAAAUCAAUUGCAAUGCAACGGCUGCGGACGGGAGAGUCGGCGGAUCUGAAGAAAUUAAAUGUCAGCCAGCAGGCCGUUACAUCAGUGGCAACAAGGAGUGCUACAACAAGCGCACUACCAGCAGAAACCACCACUUCUCCGGCGGCUGCAGUGCGUCCUUACUCGGAAGUGCCGGGUCCAUACCCCUUACCACUGAUUGGCAACUCCUGGCGCUUCGCCCCACUAAUAGGAACAUAUAAAAUCAGCGAAUUGGACAAGGUCAUGAAUGAGCUGCAUGUGAACUAUGGAAAGAUGGCCAAAGUGGGCGGCCUGAUUGGUCAUCCCGAUCUGCUGUUCGUCUUCGAUGGCGAUGAGAUACGUAACAUAUUCAAGAAGGAGGAGGCGAUGCCGCAUCGACCGUCGAUGCCCUCACUGCGCCACUACAAGGGCGACCUGCGACGCGAUUUCUUUGGCGAUGUGGCCGGCCUAAUUGGCGUGCACGGUCCCAAGUGGGAGGCCUUCAGACAGGAGGUGCAGCACAUCCUGCUGCAGCCGCAGACCGCAAAGAAGUACAUUCCGCCGCUAAAUGACAUUGCCAGCGAGUUUAUGGGCCGCAUUGAGCUGAUGCGCGACGAAAAGGACGAGCUGCCAGCCAAUUUCCUGCACGAGCUGUACAAAUGGGCCUUGGAAUCUGUCGGUCGCGUUUCCCUGGACACGAGAUUGGGCUGCUUGUCCCCUGAAGGCAGCCAAGAGGCCCAGCAGAUAAUCGAGGCUAUCAACACAUUCUUCUGGGCCGUUCCGGAAUUGGAGCUACGAAUGCCCCUGUGGCGGGUAUAUCCCACCAAGGCAUAUAGGAGCUUCGUCAAGGCUUUGGAUCAGUUCACAGCAAUUUGCAUGAAGAACAUUAGCAAGACCAUGGACAAGGCCGAUGCCGAUGAGGCUAGUGGAUUGCCCAAAUCUGAGGCAGAUAUAUCCAUUGUGGAGAGAAUAGUGCGAAAAACGGGCAAUCGCAAACUGGCUGCCAUUUUGGCAUUAGACUUGUUCUUAGUUGGAGUCGAUACAACCUCUGUGGCAGCCUCAUCCACAAUCUAUCAGCUGGCCAAGAACCCAGACAAACAGAAAAAACUCUUCGAUGAACUGCAGAAGGUGUUUCCCCAUCGGGAGGCGGACAUCAACCAGAAUGUCCUGGAGCAAAUGCCCUACCUGCGAGCCUGCGUGAAGGAAACUCUACGCAUGCGACCCGUGGUGAUUGCCAAUGGACGCAGUCUGCAGUCGGAUGCUGUCAUCAAUGGUUACCACGUGCCCAAAGGCACACACGUUAUCUUCCCCCAUUUGGUUGUUUCAAACGAUCCCGCAUAUUUCCCAGAACCCAAGCGUUUUCUGCCUGAGCGCUGGCUGAAGCAGUCCACAGAUGCAGCUGGCUGUCCCCAUGCCAACCAAAAAAUUCACCCAUUCGUGAGUUUGCCCUUUGGCUUUGGGCGUCGCAUGUGCGUGGGUCGUCGGUUCGCCGAAAUCGAGUUACACACGCUGCUGGCCAAGAUCUUCCGCAAAUACAAGGUCUCGUACAGUGCCGGAGAGUUUGUGUACCGUGUGAACUCCACGUACAUACCACAGUCGCCUCUGAAUUUCAAGCUAACGCUGAGGGACGAGUGAGUGAGCAGUCUGCACCAAAGGGAACUGGGAACCCAUGGAGCUCAAAGCUGCAGUGGCAGUGGCACACGGCGGAUGUGUGAUAUUUAUAGUCAAAGCCCAGCUGCUGCUGCUGCUUCUGCUGCCGUUGCUGUGCUUCAUUUUAAUUAAGCAAAUGUACAUGGAGCACAGUUCCGACAAAUUCAGUACAUCCCAUCGCCAUGAGCGCAGUGUAACUAAACUAAAUAAUCGUUGUGUAUUUAUGCGGAUACAUGUGUAUAUAGGACCCAUUAUAUUUCAACAUGCUUAGUAGUAGUUUUUUUCUCGAAGAAUAAUUGUACCCAAUAAAGCGUCGAAAAGUAUGCAGUAAA